AUGGUCACUUUACAUGAGUUGAAAAUUCCCGAGGGGUUUUGCUGGGCCAGUGGCACAGGGAUUUUCGUGCUAGGCAUUGGAUUUUUCACCCUGUGCUUCCUGAUGACAUCCCUGGGAGGGCAGUUCUCAGCCAGGCGCCCGGGGGACUCGCCCUUCACCAUCCGCACCGAAGUGCUGGGUGCCCUGGAGUCCCGCGGGGUCCUGCGGCGCAUGAGCGACAUGCUGGAGAUGCUGAUGAAGAGGAUGGACAUCCUGGCCAGGCUGGAGAACAGCACUGACUUCCACAAAGGGGAUGAAGCUCGAUUCCCUCUGGACAGGUUCCAGCCAGCAGCUGGGUUGAUGGAGAGGAUCCAAGCUAUAGCUCAAAACGUCUCAGACAUUGCAAUGAAAGUAGAUCAGAUUCUCCGGAACAGCCUCCUGAAUGGGAAAGUGAUGGAAGGCAGGAGGGACCAGUGUGAGGUGCCCAGGGACCCCAAGUACCCUGACUGCGCUGGGAAAGUGGAGUGGAUGAGGGCCAGGUGGACCUCCGACCCCUGCUACGCGUUUUUUGGCGUGGACGGCACCGAGUGCUCCUUCCUCAUCUACCUCAGCGAAGUCGAGUGGUUCUGCCCUCCCCUGCCCUGGAGAAACAGGACAGCAGCUCUGCCUUCCCCCCCACCACUGCCCCGGGGGCAGGCAGCUUUCCAGAGUGACCUGGCUCACCUCCUGGAGCUGGUUGGCACGGGCAAGGAGUCCCUCAGCUUCAUGAAGAAGAGGAUCCGGCACUUGGGCCAGCAGUGGCUGCGGGCGGCUCGGCGCCUCCAGCAGAAGCUGAAGGGCCAGCAAAGGGACCAGAAACACAUCCUGAUCCACAUUGGCUUCCUGACUGAGGAGUCCGGGGAUGUUUUCAGCCCGCGGGUGCUGAAGGGGGGCCCACUGGGGGAGAUGGUGCAGUGGGCUGAUAUCCUGGCUGCUCUCUUCCUCCUGGGACACAGCCUGAGGGUCACUGUCUCCCUGAAGGAGCUGCAGAGUCACUUAGGGGUGCCACCAGGCCGGGGGAACUGCCCCUUGACCAGUCCUUUGCCUUUCGACCUGAUUUACACUGACUACCAUGGGCUCCAGCAGAUGAAGCAGCACAUGGGGCUCUCCUUUAAGAAAUACAGGUGCCGCGUCCGGGUGAUCGAUACCUUUGGGACGGAGCCAGCCUACAACCACGAGGAGUACGCCACCCUGCGCGGCUUCCGCACCAACUGGGGCUACUGGAACCUGCAGCCCACCCAGUUCAUGACCAUGUUCCCUCACACCCCUGACAACUCUUUCAUGGGCUUCGUGUCUGAGGAGCUCAACAAGACAGAGAAGCAGCUCAUCAAGUCCAACAAAGUGAGCAGCAUGGCAGUGGUGUAUGGGAAGGAGGCCAGCAUCUGGAAGGGCAAGGAGAAGUUCCUGGCCAUCCUCAACAAGUACAUGGAGAUCCAUGGCACAGUUUAUUACGAGACGCAGCGGCCGCCCGAGGUCCCGGCGUUCGUGAAGAACCACGGGCUGCUGCCCCAGCACGAGUUCCAGCAGCUGCUGAGGAAGGCAAAGCUCUUCAUUGGCUUCGGGUUCCCCUACGAGGGCCCUGCCCCACUGGAGGCCAUCGCCAACGGCUGCGUCUUCCUGCAGGCGCGUUUCAACCCCCCGCACAGCUCCCUCAACCACGAGUUCUUCCGUGGGAAACCCACGUCGAGAGAGGUGUCCUCCCAACAUCCAUAUGCUGAAGACUUCAUUGGGAAGCCACACGUGUGGACUGUUGACUACAAUAACUCUGAGGAGUUUGAAGCUGCUAUCAAAACCAUCAUGAGGACCCAGGUGGACCCUUACCUGCCUUAUGAGUACACCUGUGAGGGGAUGCUGGAGAGGAUCCAUGCCUACAUUCAGCACCAGGAUUUCUGCACCACAUCAUCUCCUCCUGUACCACCCAAGGCCAAGAGUCCUGCUAUGCAAAGCCCUCCGAGCCCCCUGGCCCUGUCCCCCAAUGCCACCCACCUGGUGUGGUCCCCCCGGCCCGGCCGGGACCCCCGGGCCUGGCCCCCCCUGGACUCCCUGCAGGUCUGGGUGUCGGGGACCCAACACUCCUGCACCCAGACGUGCCGCCUGCACGGGCUGGUCUGCGAGCCCACCUUCUUCAGGUUCCUCAACAAGAAGGAGGUGUUUCUCCAGCUCAGCAUCGCCUGCGACAGCACCGAGUACGAGAUGAACCACCUGUACCCGGCGGUGGCCGAGAACGUCCGCGAGUGCUACCUGCAGAAAGAGCCCCUGCUCUUCAGCUGCGCGGGGCACAACCCCAAGUACCGGCGCCUCUGCCCCUGCCGCGACUACCGGCGGGGGCCGGGGGGCCCGCGGCGGGGCCCCUCAUGGGGCAG